AUGUCGAUUGAUAUUCAAGAAGCAAUCCAAGGGAUUCGGGACAUGGCUCCCGUGAUUGACCCAGACGAGGACUACCUCACAGUCGCUGCAAUGGAGGAGCAGAUGACCAAGAGAUCUGUGCAACGUAAGAGAGAAUAUGAAGAUGCACAUGGGAAACUGAAAGCAUUAUCUCGCAUCCUCGAUGCGGUACGGACGUCAUCCACACGUCCGCCGUCUGUCCCUUCUGCCGAAAUACAUGCCGAAACUGUCAAUGAGCUCGAUGCAUCGGGCCUUUCACUCGCAAAGGCGAUCAACGAUGCUGAGAGCGCGGUGUCUAGGAAGGAAGCGGAGCUCGCGCGGCUGAAGGAGGAAGCGCGCGCACUGGAGAAGAGCGAUCCGGCUGCUGAACACGACUUGGAUGGAACUACUUUGCGAUUGCAGAUCUUUAGAGGACUGGGAUUUGAGCCUGUGCUUGACAAAGAUGGAAAUAUUGAGAAGAUGCUCGUCGAAAGCACAUCCGGUGACGUUCACGUCGUCAAAGAUGAUGAACCUCGCUCAGACUACGAGACAGCCGAUCUCUUAUGGAAGCUGGCGGCAUCUUGA